GUGAUGCUGCGUACCCUCCUUUCUUCUUCUCUUUCUUCAACACUUAAUUAGUAUCUUUCUUAUUGCCAUUGUCAUCAUCAUCAUCUUCCUUUCCAGUACUGUAAACUAUCUGCUAGCUACCUAGGGUUCUUACACAAAACACUACACAGAUACACACACAUUUAAACCUUUUUGAAGAGUAAUAUGAGGAGACCAGCUUGCUGUGAUAAGGUGGUUUUGAACAGAGGAGCUUGGUCCAAAGAAGAAGAUCAGAAACUCAUUCAUUACAUCAACAAACAUGGCGAGGGCUGCUGGCGUACCCUCCCUCGAGCUGCUGGCUUGCUUCGUUGCGGCAAAAGUUGUAGGCUGAGAUGGAUAAACUAUCUGAGGCCAGACCUUAAAAGAGGCAACUUUGCUGAAGAUGAAGAAGACCUCAUCAUUAAGCUUCAUGCACUGCUAGGAAACCGGUGGUCAUUGAUAGCUGGAAGAUUACCAGGGAGGACAGAUAAUGAAGUGAAGAAUUAUUGGAACUCUCAUCUGAGAAAGAAGCUAAUGAACAAGGGGAUUGAUCUGAAUAAUCAUCGGUUAACUCGAAAUAAUCCACCAUUAACGUCGUCUGGAAGCUCAGGAUCCUCAUCAUAUAAUGGCCUUAAAGUCACCAACAAUGAUAAUAGUGUCAGGAAUAAUGAGCCAAUCACAAACAAGUCUAAUUCUGAUGAUCGAGUGUCAGAAGCAGCAAGUGGUUUGGAUGAAGAAGACUCAUUUUGCUUACCAGAUUUGAACAUCGAUCUCACUGUGAGCAGUGAAAUUAUUGCUUGAGAGAGAGAGAUUGAAAUCCUAGUAAACAAUUACUGGGUAGAUCACUUGAUGAAUUCACAGUUCAUUUUUGUUUCAAUUAUGUAAAAGAGGGGACCGCCAUAUAAUGGAUAGUUCAUUUUCUUUAUUAUGAACAUUAAUUUCGUAA